GUUGCAGCAGUACAAAAUAGUGGAGAUGAAGCUUCUGGCACAACAAAGGGAUCUUCAGGUCCUGGUUUCAACGAAUUUUCACUAGAAGUACAUCAUGGAGGUUCUUUCUGUGGUCGUGGUGCUAACAGAACUUAUGUAGAUGGUAAAGUGACAUGGUAUGACAACUUGGAAGUAGAGUUCUGGUGCUAUGUGUGGAUAGAGGACCUGGUCUUGCAGCUAGAUUAUGGCCUGACUGACAAUGUGAGUGUGUGCUGGUUACUGCCUGGGAAAGAUUUAAGUGAUGGGCUUAGGAUCAUUUCGUCUGAUGAAGAUUGUAUGGUAAUGACACAAGUUGCAGAUAGGGUGAAGAACUUUGUGCUUUAUUUUGACCACUACAAGUACGCAGGGGUUACUGACUGGGAUGAUGUAGUGUUGAACCCAACUUCUGAGUUACCCAAGGUUGUCAGCCCUGUGAAGGUCAUUCAUGUUGAGAAGCAGUCUGGGGAUAAACUACCAGAGUUCUAUAGUAACAUAGAGGUUGCAAGCCAUGGUAAUGCUGCUGCAGACAUGUCUGAUGAUGACAGUGAAGAUUCAAAUUACAUUGACAGUGACUACGACUUAGAAGAUGGUGAUGAUGACUUGUUUGCGGACAAUGUUGAUGAAGAAGUCAUAGAUGGGGGUGCAGGAAGGGGAAAGAAGAUGAGCAAGGGCAACAAGCCAUCAGCAGGCCCAUCUGUUCCCACCCAAUCAGAAGACAGUACUGAUGAAGACUUUGAUUUUGAUGGUGAGUCAGAUGGUGAAAGGGAAAUGAAGUUGAAAUUCAGAUCCUUCAACCGUGAUGACCUGGUGAACCCAACUUGUAGAACUAGUGUGCUCACUCGGAGGAAUUUUAGAUGCAUUCAAGGCAGACAUGGUUGA